AAAGCCUUUUAUUGGUAUCAAAAAGCAGCAGAAAAGGAUCAUAUCGAUGCACAAUGUAACCUUGCAUAUUUGUACAAAAAUGGUAAAGGAACAGAAGAGAAUUUAGAAAAGGCCUUCUAUUGGUAUCAAAAAGCAGCGGAAAGAAAUUCUAUUAAUGCACAAUAUAAUCUUGCACGUUUGAAUAGUGAAGGAACAGAAAAGAACUUAGAAAAAGCCUUUUAUUGGUAUCAAAAAGCAGCAGAAAAUAAUGAUAAAUAUGCGAUGAAUAAUUUAGCUGUUUGUUAUAACAAUGGCGAAGGAACAGAAAAGAAUUUUGAAAAGGCCUUUUAUUGGUAUCAAAAAGCAGCAGAAAUGGAUCAUAUUGAUGCACAAUAUUAUCUUGCACGUUUGUAUGACAACGGUCAAGGAACAGAAAGGAAUCUAGAAAAAGCGUUUUAUUUGUAUCAAAAAGCAGCAGAAAAGAAUCAGAUCAAAGCACAAUAUAAUCUUGCAUGUAUAUAUUACGCUGGUGAAGUGAUAGAAAAGAAUUUAGAAAAAUCAUUUUAUUGGUAUCAAAGAGCAGCAGAAGGUGGUAAUACCAAUGCGAUGAGUAUUUUAGCUCUAUAUUAUGUAAGUGAUGAUGAAGGAAUACUAGAAAAAAAUUUAGAAAAAGCAUUUUAUUGGAAUCAAAAAGCAGCAGAAAAUGGUAAUGAAAUUGCACAACAUAAUCUUGCAUCAUUAUAUUACUAUGGUAAAGGAACAGAAAGAAAUUUAGAAAAAGCAUUUUAUUGGAAUCAAAAAGCAGCAGAAAAUGAUAGUGCUAAAUCACAAUAUAACCUUGCAUGUUUAUAUUAUAAUGGUGAAGGGACAGAAAAGAACUUAGAAAAAGCCUUUUAUUGGAAUCAAAAAGCAGCAGAAAAGGAUCAUAUUGAUGCACAAUAUCAUCUUGCAAGUAUGUUUUACAAUGGUGAAGGAACAGAAAGAAAUUUAGAAAAAGCCUUUUAUUGGUACCAUAAAGCAGCAAAAAGUGGUAAUGAAGAUGCAAUGGGUAAUUUAAUUAUCUGUUAUAAAUAUGCUAUGGGAAUAGAAAAGGAUUUAGAAAAAGCUUUUUAUUGGUAUCAAAAAGUAACAGAAAAUAGCAAAGUUAAUAGUGGUAAAUGUAAAGAAUGCAAUCAACUAUAUAUUGGUUAUCAAUGGUGUCAACAGUGUAAUUCUAAGCGAUUUCAACAAGACUUUUUAAAAUGGACUAGUGGAAAUAAAUUUAUUGAUAAAUUUAUUCAAGAUGCACAACUAAAUGCUAAAAAUAUCAAUGAAGUAUUAGAAUGGAUUCCUUAUAACAAAUUGAAUAAUAUCAACUAUUAUGAUAAAGGAGGAUUUGGUACAAUUGAUAAGGCUAUCUGGUUAGACGGACCUAUUGAUAGUUGGGAUUUCGACAAACAACAAUGGAAUAGAUGGACUUUACAAAAAGGUUAUGAAGUUAUUCUUAAAAACCUUAAUAAUUUUUCAGAUUUAGAUGACGAAUUUUUAAAUGAAUGGAAGUAUAAUUAUAAUUGUCAGAAAAAAUCAUUUUCAAAAUUUGUUCGAUUUUUUGGAAUUACUCAAGAUCCAAAUAGUUUAAAUUAUAUGAUAGUAAUGAGCUAUGUAAAAGAAGGAAGCUUGAGAAAAUGUUUACCCAAUAUAGUUAAACUUAAUUGGUAUGAUAAAUUACAAUUAUUGAAAAAAAUUAUUUUGGGACUUAAAAUAAUACAUGAAUCUGGUCUUGUUCAUCGUGAUCUUCAUGAUGGUAAUAUUUUGAUAUCAAAUAAUGAGAUUUAUAUUAUUGAUUUAGGAUUAUGUAAUUCUGUAAGUAAUUUACAAAAUUCUGAAAAUAUUUAUGGUGUUAUGCCUUAUAUAGCACCUGAAGUAUUAAGAGGUAACCCUUACACUUCAGCAAGUGAUAUCUAUAGUUUUUCAAUGAUAAUGUGGGAAUUUACAUCAGGUGUUCCUCCAUUUUAUGGUGAAGAAUAUGAUUACCAACUUAAUCUAAGCAUUUGUGAAGGAGAACGUCCUGAAAUUAUAAAAAAUACUCCAGAGAAUUAUAAAGAUUUGAUGAAAGCAUGUUGGGACUCAGAACCUACCAAAAGACCAACUUUAAAAGCUAUUGAAAGCACGAUAUCUGAAUGGCUUAGUUUUUUUAAUAAAUAUAUAAUAGUUGAUGGAAUUGAACAUAUGACAAUGGGUGAUACAGAUACUAAUAGUUCCCAAGUAGUAAGUAUUAUGAGAGAAUUUGCAAAAGCUCUAGAACGGAAACAAUUUAAUACUAGUACUUUUGCGAUGCAAUCUCAUCCAUCAGAAUGUGAUAAAAUUUAUUCAUUUGAAAUCUUGGAUGAAAAUUUUAUUUCUAAUAACUCUGAUUGCUUAGAUUGUAUAAUUUAA